AGCAUGAGUGUGCCAUCGAGACAUCGAGCAGCACCUUUUGGAGAACAUUUAAAGGAAGACGGAGGCAGAUUUUAGCGCAACAUCCUCCCCGGCGGCGGCGCACACGCCGGUUCUGUCACACUUGGUGUGAGAAAACGCGCAGCUGGAUUUAAUUUUACGCAGAGCGCACGGGGUUCGGACAGUUCUUCGAUCUGAGCGCCUUGUUUUUUUUUUUUAAUUCUUGUUUAAAAUCUGUUUUUUUGUUGUUGUUGUUUUGUUUUGGGUUUUUUUUUUUUUUUUUCCUUGACUGAGCGCGGAGUUUGACUCCUCAUCAUGGGUGCGCAAACUGUCACAGGAGGAGGACGAGUGCGGAGCUCCUGUGCCGAGGUGAUGACCGCGUCCCGGCUUCUGCUCUUGGUCCUGAUCCACGUCGGAGUGGCUCAAGUUGAUGAUGACUUCUUGGGUCUUGGCGAGCUUCCGGAAACCUUCCCGUCAGACCCACCGGAGCCACUGCCGGUGUUCUUGAUGGAACCAGAGGAGGCCUACAUAGUCAAGAACAAGCCGGUCAACUUGUACUGUAAGGCCACGCCCGCCACCCAGAUCUACUUCAAGUGCAACAGCGAGUGGGUGCACCAGAAGGAGCAUACAGUGGAGGAGCGGGUUGAUGAGAACUCAGGCCUGGUGGUGAGGGAGGCAAGCAUAGAGAUCACUCGUCAGCAGGUGGAGGAGCUCUUUGGGCCGGAGGACUUCUGGUGCCAGUGUGUGGCGUGGAGCUCCGCGGGGACCACCAAGAGUCGAAAAGCCUAUGUCCGCAUCGCCUACCUAAAGAAGACUUUUGACCAGGAGCCCCUCGGGAAAGAAGUGUCCCUGGAACAGGAGGUGUUGCUCCAGUGUCGGCCCCCUGAAGGAAUCCCAUCUGCUGAGGUGGAGUGGUUAAAAAAUGAAGACAUUAUUGAUCCCGCAGAUGACAGAAACUUCUACAUCACCAUCGACCACAACCUGAUCAUCAAACAGGCUCGACUCUCGGACACCGCCAACUACACCUGUGUGGCAAAGAACAUCGUGGCCAAGAGGCGCAGCACCACAGCUACCGUUAUAGUCUAUGUGAACGGUGGCUGGUCGACAUGGACAGAGUGGUCAGUUUGUAACAGUCGAUGUGGGCGUGGUUACCAGAAACGCACACGCAGCUGCACUAACCCAGCACCCCUCAACGGCGGUGCCAUCUGCGAGGGACAAGGCAUCCAGAAGCUUGCUUGUAAUUCUCUCUGCCCAGUGGAUGGCCUGUGGACAGAGUGGAGUAAGUGGUCCACCUGUGGGACAGAGUGCACCCACUGGAGGAGGAGAGAAUGCAACGCCCCAGCACCCAAAAACGGUGGGAAGGACUGUGAGGGCUUGGUGCUCCAGUCCAAGAACUGCACCGAUGGGCUGUGCAUGCAGAGUACCUUAUAUCAGAAGUCCUCUGAGCCAAACAGCAAGACUCAGUUGGAAAAUCCAUUGGCCCCAAGUACAGAUGAUGUAGCGCUGUAUGUGGGCAUCACCAUAGCAGUUAUCAUGUGCCUGGUUAUCUCUGUCGUCGUGGCGCUCAUCUACAGGAAGAACCACCGAGACUUUGACUCUGACAUCAUCGAUUCCUCUGCCCUCAAUGGAGGAUUCCAGCCAGUCAGCAUCAAGACUGCUCGGAAAGCUGAUCUCCUAACAGCGCCUCCUGACCUGACCUCUGCAGCAGCAAUGUACCGCGGUCCCGUCUAUGCCCUUCAUGAUGUCGCAGAUAAAAUCCCCAUGACGAAUUCCCCUCUGUUGGACCCACUUCCUAAUCUGAAGAUUAAGGUGUACAACUCCUCAGGAUUAGUGACCCCACAAGAUGACCUGGGAGGAGAAUUUUCCUCCAAACUGUCACCGAAGCUGCAACACUGCCUUCUGGACAACAACGACAGCACCAUGGGACGUCGCACCCAGACCCAAACCUUGCUCCGUGCCAGGGAUCCAUCCUGCACCUCACUGGGGUCCUUCAGCUCACAGGGAGGUCACCUCAUUGUGCCUAAUUCAGGGGUGAGUCUUCUGAUUCCAGCAGGGGCCGUUCCUCAGGGCCGAGUGUACGAGAUGUACGUGACUGUUCAGAGGAAGGACAACUUGAGGCCUGCGGUGGAUGACGGCCAAACGGUGCUGAGCCCAGUGGUGAGCUGUGGACCCCCCGGGGCCUUGUUGACCCGGCCCGUCAUUAUCACCAUGCAUCACUGCGCUGUGUGUGACGGUCAACAGGAUUGGCUGAUCCAGCUGAAGAGCCAGUCACAGCAGAACCAGUGGGAGGAUGUGGUGGUGGUGGGAGAAGAAAAUUUCACCACGCCGUGCUACAUUCAAAUGGACGAUGAGGCCUGUCACAUCCUGACGGAGACGCUGGGCACCUACUGCCUCGUAGGCCAGUCUCUCAGCGCGGCCACCACCAAACGCCUCAAACUGGCCAUCUUUGGCCCCGUCACCUGCCCCGCCAUGGAAUACCACAUCAGAGUUUACUGCCUGGACGACACGCAAGACGCGCUCAAGGAAGUUCUACAAAUGGAGAAGCAGAUGGGCGGGAAGUUGUUGGAUGAACCAAAGACUCUCAUCUUUAAAGAUAGUACCCACAACCUGAGACUCUCGAUCCAUGAUGUCCCGCACACGUUGUGGAAGAGUAAACUACUCGCCAAGUACCAGGAGCUUUGCUUUCAGCAAGUGUGGACCGGUUCUCAGAGGAACCUUCACUGCUGCUUCACUCUGGAGCGCUUCUCGCUGAACACUAUGGACUUGUCCUGUAAGAUAUGUGUGCGCCAGGUGGAAGGAGAAGGACAGAUUUUUCAGCUGGACACCACUCUGUCAGAGGACUCUCAAAGCAUCGACACGUCUCUGUUGGACCCGGCCAGCAACAUCACCGCGCUGGUAGGACCCAACGCUUUCCGCAUCCCAGUCUCCAUCCGGCAGAAGCUCUGCGGCAGCCUCGACGCACCGCAGACGAGAGGCAACGACUGGAGGAUGCUGGCGCACAAACUCAACCUGGACAGGUAUUUGAACUACUUUGCCACCAAAUCCAGUCCCACGGGGGUCAUCCUGGACCUGUGGGAGGCCCAGCACUUUCCUGAUGGGAACCUCAGCCGCCUGGCGCAGGUGCUGGAGGAGAUGGGACGCCACGACAGCCUUGUUCCUGCAGUGAGCGAGCAGUGAUGUCUGCUCGUCAGGGGGCGGGGGUUUGACAUUCCAGGUCAGGAGGAGAUCACAGGAGAAGGCAGAUGCCCUAAAAGUAGGAGUCAUUUGGCAGCAGAUAUCACGCGUAAAGACACAAAGAGCUCUGUCUGCUCAGCCGUGACCCAGUUAGACCUCGGCAACAAAGGGACUUAAAACUUUGGAGGGUAAACAAGAGUCUCCACCAGUUCUUUUCUCUCUAACUGUUCCUGUCUCUGGUUCCCGUUUCCUUGGAAACAGCCUGUCUGAUGUUUUAGGACUGCACAGAUAUGUGGAUGAUGCCAUAAACGACAGCGUUAAUGAACUGAGAGGCCAAAGGUCCGAGCGGCGACGAUCGAAUCAGAGGAAGCCUCUCUCACGCUCCCAAUCACUUUCCACAGUUCUGUGAUAACAUAAUAUUUAAUAUGCUGUCUAUUUAUAACAGUUGUUUUUGUAUUUUAAGCUGCCUGGCGUGUUCUCACAUUCCAUGUUUUGGUUCUUUUUGAUGGGACUGUAGCACCCCCUGGUGGACUCUUGUAGUAACGACUCAUCCUGUCAGCCACAAAUUACAUGUACAUAAAGAAAUCACUGACGAGUCGCUGUGAUUAUUAACACUUUUUUUAUUCAUAUUCUUUUUUUAAUUACGUCCAUUUAUUUGUGAUAUUUUUGAACUUUUUACAAUGUUUUUGAUUGUUUGCUUUGGUUCUGCUUUUAACAUUUAUGUUGUCUUUAACAGCUGGAGAUCAUUUCAUCCAAACAGCUGCAGUUUUAAAGUUGGUGUUGGUGAUUUCUAUGACCUUUAGAGUGACAGUGCAGAAAGAAGACUACAUGAUUUCACAAAUGACUAUUUUUGUAGGACUGAUGCAAGUGAACACAGCUGCUUUCUACCAAAUAAUUGACAGUGUGUGAGGCUAAAUUUAAUGCUGAAUUAAUUGUCUGAAAAUCAAAUAUCAUAAAAAGUGUCAUUUCUUGUGUUCAGAUCUCGUGAUUUUGGAAGAGGAUGAAGAUACUGAUUUGUACAUUGACAGAAGCCAUCGACAGUAUGACAGCGCUGAUUCUGUGCAUUCAAUCAAAUCCAUAACUAUUUGAACCAUGACAGUUUUUGUAAUUAUGCAGCAAGACGAGGCUUAACAAAAAUAUGACAUUAAUCAUUUAGAAAUGACAUUUUUAUGCAGUCCCUCCACUUUCAGACCAUAAGAAAUCAGGCAAACCAAACACAGGAUGAUUUGUUUAUACAAUUCAUUACUUUUACAGCCAGUUUUCUUUAGACGAGUAAGGAAAUGAUACAUCAACAUUUCCAAGUCGCUGGCUAUGUCUCAGGCUUCAUUUACAAACAGUAUAUACUGUACAGUAAACCCGUCUGGAGCACACAGUCUUCAGAAACUGAGUGACCAUGCAAGAAGGAGAUGAGUGAGGGAAGCCACCGAGACACCGGCGACAACUCUGACACUACACUGUGCAUACAGGUUUUUGGUGGCGUAAUAUAGGGAUGGAUUUUCUUGGAAACUAAAUUUCAAAUACAAUUUGCCAGAAGGCGUAUCAGACACUUAAACUUUCUUGCAUUUAAAUCCUUCUCCAUGCCACUCUGUGAAGCUGUUCCUGGCUAUGCAACAGACAAAUGUUUCACUCUCCCCACAGCUGCCAUGUGUGUCUUGGUGGCAUCCCUCAUUGGUCUCCUUCUUGCACGGUCAUUCAGUUUUUGAGAGUUGCCUAAUCCAGACAGAUUUAGCAUAAAGUAUCACACUUUCUUUCACCAUCCUGUGGAGGCAAAAUUACAAAAAAUAGUCUGUCCAAAUACAUACGGAACAGAUUGUAAAAUGUUAUGCUUGUUAUAAAUGUAACAUUGCUUUGAUGCAGCAGCACGUGCAACUGUUUGCGUGUUUUCAAGCUACUCUUUUUGAUAAUUAUUUUAACAGCAGUUUUUUUUGUUUGUUUUUUUCCCCCGUCAAGUCCUCUAUGCAAACUUUGCAUAUUUUUUUGAAGCUAUUGUUCCAUUUUCGUUGUGUUAUUCGGCUUUGUGAUCCCAAAUUCAGCUUCACGGUAGUUACUGUGUACAGUGAGAAUGUUUGUUUCUGGCACUCACGAUGCAUUUCACCUGUCAAGUUAUUGUACAAAGUGUAAGAAAGAAUUUUUAAGACUAAUAAUAAAUUAUAUUUAUAUGCAACAUUGAA